UUGAUUGAAAAAAAACUGUGUAUUGUGAUUGUUGGGACUUGGGACUGUUAGAUGCAUUCAUCUCAACAAUAACAAAUACAGCUGCUAACUAUAUCAUGUGACAACUGAGUUAAGAUAUUCAAUUAUUUGUCAAUUAUUAAUUUUGGUCAAUAAUCUAGUGGCAAUUCACUAAUGUAUCUGCAUAGAUAUGUGAAAACUUAUUCUUAUGUAUUGAACAUUAAAUAGGAUUUUUAUUUAUAAAUUGUAUUUUCAUUUGACUUUUUUACAUUCUUAAAAUGCUUGGGAGGGAGCAAACCUAAGUAAGACAUUAACUCGGGCAAGUGAGUGAUUGUAGAAAGAUUGUUCUUUAUGUGUGUGUCUCUGGUGCCAUAAUGUUAUUCAGACUUUGAUCUUAGGGAAGUUGGAGAUAAAGUCAAAGAAUUUCUCAGUUGGUCUCAGUGUUUUGUUGGUAAUUAUCCAGAGUUACAGACAGAUCAUCGCCUGAGCCGAGUGGAGAACUGCUACCCUAAAAGGGCUGACUAUAAUGUCAGCGUACAUCUCAGUGCUUGGUGUGGCAGUGUUGCUCCUCCACCUUUGGGGGACACAUUCUUUCCCCACCUCUGCCUGUCCUGUUCCCUGCCUGUGCCAGCGCGGUCCACUCCUGAACUGCUCUUCUUUGGGUCUGACUGAGAUUCCCAGACACAUCCCAGCAAAUGUGGUUUCCUUGAACAUAUCCAAUAAUGCCCUGCGUUCUCUGGCUCCUCUCAGCUUUGGUCAUUUAAAACUGAAGGGACUUCUGCAGCUUUGGGUGGGAAGUAAUGCUCUGGAGAGCCUGUCUCUGAUUUUGAAGAAGGACCGGGCAGGCACUAGGACCCUGUCAAGUGGAGAACAAGAAUGCAUGUCCUGGGCACCUGACCUUCAGUUGCUGUCUGCUGAAAGAAACCAUCUAAAACAUCUACCAAAGGGGUUGGGCUGCAUGAAGUCUCUGCAGAUUCUUCAGCUGUCUUACAACCAGAUAUCUAAGAUAGGCCUUGCUGACCUGGACAACUGCAUUAAUUUGAAAGAGUUACAUCUCCAGCAUAACAGCAUCAUAAGCAUUCAACCACAAGCUUUUAUAGACCUAAAACAGCUGCAGGUCCUUGAUCUGAGCUAUAACCUGCUGGUCACCAUUCCUGUUCCUGCUUACCAGUCCCUGCGAAACCUGAAUGCCUUGGUCAAUGUCUCCUUCAACAGAUGGAGGUGUGACUGCAAUUUGCAGACCUUGAGAAAAUGGAUUAGCUUUGAUACUGAAAUGGGUGAUGCUUCCUGGCAAGUUAUAUGUGCCUCUCCACCACAUCAUGCUGGAAAAGAUCUGCUUCACCUGAAGGAUUCGGAGCUUACUUGUCCAACACAUGAAUCCAGUACAUCUGGUCACUAUCGUAACAUGAUUGUGGAUGAGGGGAUGCAAAUAUCAAUUCCUUGCAUCAAUGACAGCCAAGAUAUCAUGCUGGUUCACUGGUGGACUCCACAUGGCCAAGUCACAGAUAACCAACCAAAUCUUCUAAUUAAGGACAUUACAGAGCAGCAUGCAGGACUUUAUGUAUGCCUUUCAGGUCUCCAAGGGGAGCACAUAUCAGUAUUUGAUCUAUAUGUCAAUAAAAAAGGCAGUGGCUCAAGACCACGUAGGGAAGCAGCAAUCAUCAUGGACCAGGAAGAAAAUAAAAACACAGCAAGGAAUGAUCCUGUUGUACGGCAAACAAGGGACCAGUCAGAGUUUGUCCUUGCCGUCUGCCUCUCUGUCAUCAUUACAUUUAUUGUAGCCUUUAUCCUUGGUGUUCUUUUGAGACCACUCUUAGACAAAUUAUGGAGGAGAAUACGAUCCAAGAGACAAUCGACACCACCACCACCAACAACCACCACCUCCACUGGGCCCCAGCCGUAUGUGAAUGAAGGGUACUGUGAUGUAGAAGACCAAGAACAAGAAUUAAGAGUAGGUUCAAGAGUUACAUUUAGUGAAGUCACAGAAGUGGAAAAUCAAGUGCCUUACUAUAUUACAGUAGAGAAUGAUGAAGCAGAUGGAUCCUCUGAGAGCAACACAGAAGUUGAGACUCUUUAUGAGACCAUUGAAAAAAAUAAAUCCUCAAUAACUGAUGGGAAACAGCAGGGCCUUGAGAUGGAGGUUCACAGAGGAAGAGCAGACAGCAGUAGUAGCUCACUACAGGAAGAGAAUGCUUUAAUCAUAAAUGGUAAGAAGCUGCCACCCUGCUCAACCGAAGACAUGGAAUUUGAGCCAAUUCCAGAUGCAGAUGAUAUUACUCAGUUAAAGAGAAAGGGUAGCUCUUCAACAUCAUCUCAGUCAAGUCAUGAAGGUAACUUCUCAAAACAAACUGAACAAAGUGUUGACCCUGUCACUAUACCGGCAAACAAAAACACAAUAGGUAGAAUUCCAGGAUUUAGUACAGAGCCGUUUUCAGAAUGGUCAAACAGACUGACUGAACAGAAUGUUGAUAAUUUGGACCCAGAGUUGUGGAAUGACAGUGGAGAAAGCUUUUCUUUCACUGACUGCUCUGAAAGGUCAAGUAUCCGUGAUCUCUCCAGCUCUGCUGUAGGACACCCACUGAAGAAUGAUGACAUGUGGAGGCAAAGUAAAGCAGAAUCACCUUCAGAAAAAACGAAUCUUGAUUCAGAGGUUCUUGAUUUCGACAAACCUUUUGGUAAAGAAGUUCUUGUUGAUGAUUUAAAGCAGCUGGAGCUCUUUGACAUAGUAAGCUCCUCUAAUUCCAGUGAAAGUGGUGAAAGUGUAGGUGGACAAAACAAUUAUGUUGUAAACCCAGAGUUAAUGGAUGAAUCAGACACAGAGAACUAUGCAAACUUGGUCACUUUAAAAAAAUUUGAAGAUGUCACCUUAAAUAAAAGAAUGCCUAGUGCUGGCAUUCUUAUAAGACAAGAGACAAUCACUCUAGAGCCAUCAGACAUACGUUUGACACUUACUCAUGGAGACAGCGUUGAUGAGAGUAUGCAUAUUUAUGACUCCCCAAGAAAGAGUAAAGUUGACAAGUGUGGGAUAUGUGUAGAUGUGGGUCUUGAUACAGUGCCAAAGGUUAAAAGGUAUGUUGAAUUUAAACCAUUCAAACCUAAUUUUGGACCACCAUCUCUACCAUCAUUUUCUCAUACCUCAACAAAGAAGAACAACACCUUAUCAGAUAUUGAAGUGAAAUCUGAAGCUAACACUGAUGUAUUCUCUGGAGACAACAAAUGCUUAACACACAUAGAGGUAUCUCCUGAUAGAAUUCAAAAAGUGAAGCGAUACAUUCACUUCAAACACCCUGAACCUCAUUCCCCAAUUCUGUCAUCAUCACCUUCCUUCACCAAAAAAGGUGAUAUGCUGGAAGCAAAAAGUUAUAGCUCAUCCUCAGAUGACGAUGAUGCUGAACUGACAACUAAAGGCAACAAUUUAGAUGUAUCUUCUGAUGGAGUUUCAAAAGUGAAAAGAUACAUUUUAUUUAAACAGAUUGAAUCUUCUUCCCCAGCUCUCUCCGUAUCCAAACCUAAAAUUGAGACCACAACUGAGCAAGCAAUAAAAUCUUUGCAACCAAGCACCACACCUACAAGUCAAGAUACAAGUCAAAAUGUGAAUAAACACAUUUAUAUUAAUCAGCACAAACAGCAUUCCUCAUCUCUGCCAUCAUCACCUACUUCUACCAAGAAAGGAUUAUCAGGAAAAAAGUCUAAAAGCAAAAAACAAGAUCAAUCAUACUAUGGAAGUUAUGAUAGUCUGCCACUAUACCAUGUCCAUCCUGCCUAUAGGUCAAGUAUAAACAGACUCAAUAGAGGCUAUGAUACUGACAGAUCGUCUUCCAGUGAAGAAGAUGAUACAUUUUUGGAAUACCCAACAAAAUUAGAGAUUACACCUGGGAUAAACAGAGGAGUCACUACACUAGAUAAGAAAACAGACAAAGUCCUUAACAUUGACUUUGAUAACUCCUCCAGCAGCACAGAUGUAUUUGACAAGAAAAGGUCUAAAGGUCUAAUGAGAUUAAGAGAAAUAAGUGCACGACUGUUUAACAAACAUGAACAUGAACCAGAUGAGGGGAAUCUUCAAUCACAUGUUCAAACUAAGUCAAAAACUAAGGUGACCACUAAUGAAGAUAAUCUCUUUGGAAAAGGUUUAUCCCUUGAUCAUUUACCAAAAGUGAAGAGAUACCUUCAGUUUUCACACUCCGAUUCCUAUCCUCAAGUCCAAUUACCAUCUCCUCCACCAACCACUGGGGUAGCCAUACCUGAAUUUUUAGCACCAACUCCAGGAGAGUCAAGGAGAUCUAGUUUCUCCUCUGAGGAUGAUGUCAAACAAACCACUAAAGAUAAACAUUUUGCUGGACAACUUGAUGCAUCUUAUGACACUCUUCCAAAAGUAAAAAGAUAUAUUCAAUUCUCAAACGCCGAACCUUGUUCAACAACACUGACCUUGAACAAAGAAAGUAUAUCACCGGAACUAGUGGCACAACCCGAAUCAAGGAGAUCAAGUACGUCAUCUGAUGAUGAUAUCAAACUUACAACCAAUGAAGAUAGUUUCUUUAGAAAGAUAGGUGUAUCUCUCGAUACAGUGCCAAAUGUUAAAAGAUACAUUCAAUUCAAUCAGCCAAAACCUUUCUCUCCAACUCUAACAUCUUCACCUAUUUCAACCAAGAGGCCUGAGGCUGUAGUGGAGACAGGUUCCAGCACAUCUGUCAAGUUGGAUGACAAAUCUGAUGCUACAGAAAACAAUUUCUGGGGGCAAAUAAACAUUGAUGCAGUGUCAAAGGUUAAACGAUAUGUUCAAUUUACACAGUCCAAACAUCAUUUUCCAACUCAGCCGUCAGUAUCAUCCUCUACAAAAGUCACAACUGAUAUGGCAGUGAAACCUGAAGCUACAAUUGACAGAUCCUCUGGAGAAAAGGGAUAUUUAAUGCAAACAGAGUUAUCUCCUGAAAAUAUUCAAAAAGUGAAAAGAUACAUUCACUUCAAGCAGUCUGAACCUCAUUCCCCAACUCUGCCAUCCCCACCUUCCUUAACUAUGAAAGAUGGUAUACAGGAAACAAGGAGAUAUAGCUCAUCAUCAGAUGAUGAUCAACUGACAACCAAUGAAGACAAUUUCUUCAGGAAAAUAGAUGUAUCUUUUGAUGGAGUAUCUAAAGUAAAAAGAUUCAUCACAUUUAAAGAGUCUAAACCCUCUUCCCCAACACUAUCAAUAUCCAGUCCUACUGCCACAACUGAGGCAGUAAAGUCUAUGGCCACUAGCACCUCUAAAGAUGAUGUCAGAUCUCAGAAUGAAGGUGAUCAUUUCUUUGGUAAAACAGAUGUAUCUUUCGAUGGUAUUUCUCUUGAUAGAGUACCACAAGUAAAGAGAUAUAUUCAAUUUAAACAGCCUGUAUCUCAUCUGCCAGUAGAAUCACCCACCACUUCAGAUACACUGCAAGUCACAACUGAGGUGAAAACCAAAUCUGAGGCAAAGAGAUCGAGUACUUCUUCUGAGGAUGAUGUCAAACAAACAGUCGAUGUCUCUGGAAAAACAGAAGCAUCUCUUGAUGGAGUGCCAAGAGUUAAAAGAUACAUUAAAUUCACACAUCCUGAAUUUCAGUCUCCAGCUCAGACAACAACUGGUCUCUCAUCUGAAAGAGUCAAUGCAACUAUUGUAGCAAAAGAAACAAGGAGAUGGAGCACUUCAUCUGAGGAAGAUGUUAUACCGACUAAUAAAAAAGAGAAUGUCGCUGAAGAAACGAGCGAAUAUCUUGCCAAAAUCCCAAAAGUAAAGAGGUACAUUACGUUCACACAAUCUCAGCCAUACUCCUCAAAUCUGUCACAAUUUCGUCCUUUAACCAUGGGAAAAUCCACAGAGGUGACGAAAAAUGAACUCAAACAACCAGCCACUAGGGAGAGCACUUCAUCUGAGGAUGCUGUUCAGGAAGACAAUAGCUCUGGUAAAAAAGGAGUGUCUCUUAAUGUAGUACCAAGAGUUAAGAGAUACAUUCAAUUCACACAUCCUGAAAGUCAAUCCCCUGCUCAGUCAACAUCUGCUGUCUCAGCUCAAACACUUGGAACAUUGGGGGCAGUUCAAGACACAAGGAGACCAAGCACUUCAUCUGAGGAAGAUGUCACACUAAGUGCUAAGGAAGAUAAUGUCUUUAGACAUACUGGAGCAUCUCUUGACAAAUUUCCAAAGGUUAAGAGAUAUAUUCAAUUCACAAAGCCUGAAAGUGAACCUCUUGUUCAGACAACUGCUCUCUCAGCUAACAGACUUGGAAUAUCUGGGGUUGUUCAAGAAACAAUGAAAUCAGUUACUUCAUCUAAUGAUGAUGUUCAGCUGUCUACUCUUAAUGAUGAUGUGUUUAAACAAAGAGGUGAAUCUUUUGACAAAAUCCCAAAAGUGAGGAGGUACAUUAAAUUCACACAAUCUGAACCUUCCCAGGUUCUUGCACCAUCUCCUCUUCCAAGCACUGAGAAGUCUGUAAAGGUGAUAGAAACAGGAUUUAGUACUCUAGUAUCUCCUAAUGAGAAUUUUAAGGAAGAUAGUGUUGUUGGGCAAACAGAAGCACAUCUUAAUCAAAUACCAAGAAUUAAGAGAUACAUUCAAUUCACUCAUCAGUCCCCUACGCAGUCAACAACUUCUCUAUCAGCUGAAAGAGUUGGAAUAUCUGAAGUCAUUUUAGAAACUCGAAGAUCAAUAACUUCAUCUGAGGAUGAUGUCACCUCUAAAGAAGACUAUUUUGGUGGACAUACUGGAGCACCUCUUGAUAAAAUACCAAAAGUUAAGCGAUACAUUCAUUUCACACAUCCUGAAAGUCAAUCUCCAGCUCAGACAACAACUUCUCUCUCAGCUGAAAGAGUCAAUGUAUCUGUGGUAGCCAAAGAAACAAGGAUACCAAGCUCUUCGUCUGAAGAUGAUGAUAAACCAUCUACUAAUGAUGGCAAUGUCAUUGGAGAAACAGGUGAAUUUCUUGACAAAAUCCCUAAAGUAAAGAGGUACAUUGAAUUCACACAAAAUGAACCUUAUUCCUCUGCAAAGUCAAAACUUCCAUCUUCAAGUGUUGCUAAAUCCAUAAAGGUGACAGCAACAGAAUUAAAGGGAUCCAGCACUUCAUUUGAAGAUUAUGUACAAUCAUCUGCUAAUGCAAAAAAAACAGCAUCAUUGACAGAGAUCACUUCAUCUGAAAAUCUUGACAGAGUACAGAGAGUUAAGAGAUACAUUCAAUUCAAACCUAUUGAAAGUAAAUAUCCUGCUCGGGCAUCAACUGCUGUCUUAGCUGAAAGAGUUGGAAUAUCAGGGGUAGCUCAAGAAACAAAGAUAUUGAGCACUUCAGCUGUUAAACCAUCUGGUAAUAUCAUUGGUAAAAAUUUCUUUCAAGAAACUGGUGUAUCUCUUGAUAAAAUCCCAAAGGUAAAGAGGUACAUUGCAUUCACAAAGAGUGAACCAUCCUUUUCAACCAAAUUAAUGAAAAGAGCUUUAACACCUGCAACAAAUACAGACUUUGAAACCACAUGGUCCAGUUUAUCAUCUCAGGUGUCACCUCCUGCCUCAGUGAAAAAAGGUUCUGCAUUAAUAAUAAAGACCCAAUCAGAAUCAUGGGCCUCUGAAUUUACUUCAAAGGACAAUAUGAAAGGAGAGCUUAUAGACAGUUCAGUAGAACAGACUGGCCUGAAGUCAAAGGUAAAGUAUUCAAGUUCCUCAUCCAGUGACGAACACUCUGUGGGACAUGAUGUUGUGGAUGUGGCUGUACCAGUACCACAAAAUGAGCCACCAGCAGUUCCACAGACAUCGCCACCUCCCUUAGAACCAGAGGAGGCCAGAGAGUACCUCAGAGAGAAUUCUGAAGUCCGUCAAAGACAAGAACGCAGAAGAUUACAGCAGCAAAGGAAAAGGGAAAUGGAUGAGUUCAACAUUGCAUCCCUAUCCUCCAUUCAACAAGGCGACCAGCAGGAUACAUCACCAGCAGAUUAUGGCGAAGUGCCACCAUUCCAAACAGAACAUAUUUAUAGCAAUGUUUCUACAAGGAACACAUCAACUUCUAGACAUGCAGAAGGAGCUGAAGCCCCAGUUUUACGGGGCCUUAAAACUAAAAGCACAUCAACACUUAAUUCCAAGUCAACUCCAAAGUAUAGGGAAUAUUUAAUUUAAGUAGGAGUUCAUUUUGAUUUACCAGACAAUGUUGUAUGAUUUUGUGCUGAUGCUUUCAAAAUCACAGCUUUUGAGGAUGGUGAUUUGCUUUUUACGAAGUAUUGUAAAUACUGUAUUAUAAUCAUGAACAUAACCUAAACUUCAGUAUUUCACAUGUUACUUAAGAAUGUGUAUUGUCUAAGAAUAUAAACUCUGUAUUGAUUUUAUCAGUCAUGAUGUGCAGUACAAAAAAAGAAAUCCAGAGGCUAUUAACUGCACUCAAUGACAACACAUUAUAUCCAUUAAUGAGGCUAUAAACUUUCUUCCAAUGCUGUUGAA